UUUACUGAUAACACUGUUUUUUUGUAUUGUUAUAAUGAUUAGUGUACUUUGAGAAAAUAUAGUACAAUUAUUUCCGAUUAUAGUUCAUAAAAUAAGUUCUUAAGACCCUGGGAGUAGUUUUAUAAUUGUCAGUUAUUUGUAUGUUUAUGCGUUCGUGAGUUUGUUGACGACUGUAAUUCUGUGAAAGAGCAUUCAUUCUAUAUUUCGUAUAUCAAUGGAGGAAUGUUCUAUACGUACGGUUUCUUUGAGGCAUAAGGCAGACGAAGUGGUUCUGAAAAAGUUGAAGCAGCAAUUGAUGUCCAGAAAUGUAAAGCUGCAGAUGGAAGCAGUGUGUUUCAUCACACAGUCCCUUAAGAAUGAUGCCAAUAAAGAAGGCCAAAAGACUCUUCAUGAUAUUCUUCUGGAUGCAGACAUAAUAGAAUUUAUUUGUGAAGCCAUGGCAACUCUUCAUUGCCACUUGUUGGAAGCAAUAUUUGCCUGCUUGGAGCAUCUGGCAAAGAGCAAGAAGUUUUAUAACAACAGCCAUGUGCUUUACGUUAUUGAGUGUCUGAUAAGAACUGUUCAUUUCCUCAUAAAACAAAGUAACUCCUUUCACACACUGAAUAGAGCAUUGUCUUUACUUGCUGGACUUCUGAAAGGGUUUGUCACAUUUACUGGUUCUAAGGCAUUACAGGCGGGUGCAUUCAAUGUGAGUCAAGUUCUUGAGUUGAUACAACGCAUUCUGAGUGACAAACACAGUGUGCGGAAUGAAACAGUGAUGUGUGUAGGUUGGAUACUCAGCAACCUAGUCGAGAGCAAGAGCCUUGCUAAUCAGCUUGAUGUGACGUCACUGCAAUUGUUGGUUACUGUAUUAGAGACUUGUAUAACACUGCUCUCUGAAUUUGUGAAGAAUCACAAAGCAAUGGACGAACAGGCGCAGAGUACUAAAAAGGAAGCAGUUUUAGUGAUGAGUUGUGUGACUCUGUCAGUGACAAGAUUGUGUUCAGUUCUGUCACGUGACAAGGUGUUGGAGAACGGAACUGACAAAAUGGCUAAUUUUCAAAAUGUCCCAGUCGUAGCUAUGUAUUCAAGAAAGAUGACUGAUGUGCUGUUGAAAUGUGUCCAAUAUGUCAGCGCUCCUUACAUAUUGGAAAUAGAUAUGGAAAUAUCGAACAUGGAGUUGUUUGGCAAGUUUGUAUGUUGUUUGGAAGCAUUAUACUGUGAACCUGUGAAGGAAUUGGUUACUCCACAGUUAUCGUAUCGCCUCGGUGAACUGGGAUAUCUGACAUUCUUGCCUGUGAUUUCCACUUGGUCUGCUUACAAAUCUAAAGAUGGAAGCUCAUUGAGCUGUAUAUGCAUUUCUGUCUUGGGAGAGCUGUUGUCUUCUAUGUCAGCCGGUAUACUGGGUAUAGAAAGUCUGUGGCCUGGUGGUUUUGCUGCCUUCCGGAAGCAUCUGCAGAUGGGUUUGGGAUUCGUUCCUCUUCACUGUGCAUACUGGCAACAGGCUCUUUAUGCUCCAGAUGCGCCUCAUUCCCUCCAACAUGCAGUCAUUGUGUUCAAUUAUUUCUUCUGCCUCUGUGCCUCAAGGCCAGAUGUUGGUGCACCUUGCCUUCCUGCCUUAGUGUCAUACCUCAACCACUUGCCUUCAGUUACCCUAGUUCCAAUUCCUAUCACCAAAGCUAUAUGGUUUGUCUUUGCAGUGUCAUCACUGUCAUACUCGGGUCCAGUUUGUAUGCAGCAAGCAACGAGGGUCUUAUUGCGGUUAUUGGGGCAGCAAAUUCAGUUAAGGAAUGUUUAUACUCAUCACCCUGCUGUGCUGUAUUGGGUGUUCACAUCUCCAUGGAUUCAUCCUUCAAUACAGAAAGGAGUGAUGAAUCUAUGGCUGGAAGAAGACCAGUCGGAUUGUGGGAAGGAUUUGAUGGAUUUGGUUAUGAUAAAUUAUGAUGCCAGUCACUGCUUACUGGAAUUGAUCCAGUGUGGCAAGCCUCAGGUAGUAAAGAGAGGUAUACAAGUUAUGCAAGAUGCUAUAUUACACCAGUUCCGAGAAGGUAAUGAUGAGUUAAUUCAGACACUUUGGGACAUAAUACCGCAAGCCUUAGACACACAUGCCAGUCUCAAUUAA